GAUCAGUGUCACGUACGAAGUCUUUCUCUCUCGAUUUUGACCAACUUUCUCCAAGGUUGAUCGAUUUCGUCAAAGACACCCCAAUGCUUCGACUACGGCGUGGGAUAGCUCCCUCGACCACGUUUGCACAUAUCUGCCGGCCCCAUCUACGAUGCCCGCGACAAUGUUCACCCCUCCGGUUAUUUGCGACAGAGACUAGUCCGGACGACACUUCGAAACCCACGCCGAAAUCCACGUCUGAUUCCGAAGAUGCACUCAAAGGAAUGAAGGCUGCCUCGGAGAAGCUUCAGGCCCGUUUUAAGAAGCUUGAAAAAGGAGCGAAAGCAGCAGAAAGGAGAAAAGAAGAGAAAAAGAGGAAAGCUGCUCGUUCCGAAGAGAAAGGAUCCACGGAGGGGACAACUGAAACCGACAUCAGUGAUGCAUUGGCUGUGGCGAAGAGAGUUUACGGUAUCGACAAGCCGAAGAAGAAGAAGAAAAAGAAAGGAUCUAAGCCCAGUAGUCCAGAUGCAAAACAAGCGACCGAUAAAGCUGACUCACCAGAGGCCAGCUCCGGAGUAGUUGACCAGCAGGCUGGUGCUUGGGCAUCACUUCAAGAGAAGUUGCAACAAGAAGUGGCCGCAGAACCUUCAAACAACCCCGCCGCCCCUGAAGACGAUUCCACCACUCCCUCCCCCGAGCAGGAUCAGCAUAUCAUAGCAAGUAGUCAUGAGACAGAGCCCAGUUCAGCAGCUCAACCGUCGAAGAAGAAGACGAAGGCGUCUAAAAAGAAGAAGGCCCUGCCCCCAGUUUAUACCAUCACUCCCCAGCACCUAAAGCUGAAACCAGUUGAAGAAAAAUCCAGACGAAGUGUUCCCAAGCUUGCCCACCAGCUGGACAAGGUUCUUUUCAACGGCGGACCCUACCAGCUUCAAGACCAGCGUACCCGGGUUUACAACUUUGACCCAUACCUUGCUUCAAUCAUGCCCGUUGAUGAGUUUGAUUUCGACGCUCUGAAAGAGUAUGUGACAUCCUCCAAGGACAGUCGGUUGACAGACUUGUGUGCAAAAUACGAGAAGAGGUACUGUGGUUCAACUUCUAGUAUGACGGCCAUGCUCUCCCAAUUCCACUUUCUUCUCUCAGCCUGGAGACCUCUAAGUUUCAGGCACUUGUCCCGCUCUUUCAAGGUCGAGUAUGAUACGUUCACCGCGCUGACCCGAGGACCUGCUGCUGCAUUCGCCCGUUACAAAGAUGGAGUGUAUGCUAUUGACGCCGACAAAGAAUUUGAUACCGCCAACGUUCUGAGCAUGCUCGGAAAAUCAAUGGAAAAACUCCUCACUCUCGAUAAAACUCACUUCGAAAAGUACAGGAGAGGCCGUUCGCAUGAAUUAUCCGAAGAGGAGAAGAAUGCCGAUGAAGCAUUCCAUUUCUCCACACUGGGCGAUUUCAUGAUGCGGUCACAGCUAGAUGCUCAUGAUCCACGACUUCCAGGAACAGGCAUGUUUGACCUGAAAACCCGUGCAGUAGUUUCGAUCCGAAUGGAUGUUGGAGGCUAUGAAAAAGGUGUUGGAUAUGAGAUUCGUAGCCGUUUCGGCACUUGGGAGUCGUUCGAGCGUGAGUACUACGACAUGAUCAGAGCGGCAUUCCUCAAGUAUUCUUUACAAGUGCGUAUGGGCCGAAUGGAUGGCAUAUUCGUUGCUUUCCAUAAUACACAACGAAUAUUUGGCUUCCAGUAUAUUAGCCUCGAGGAAAUGGACGAGGCUCUUCACGGAACUGCGGACCUCAGGGUGGGAGACGAGGAGUUUAAAGUCAGUAUCAAACUCCUGAAUGAUCUUUUGGACAGAGCUACGAAGCGUUUCCCUCAAAAGUCACUUCGGUUGCACAUUGAGACUCGACCGACAAACCCCCCCUUGACUUAUUUCUUUGCUGAGCCUGUCAGCGACAAAGAGAUGCAAGAAACCCAGGAAAAGGGAAACGAAGCCGUGGCUAUGUUUAAAAACAAUAUCUUGCGUAUGUCACAGGAUGAAGAAAAGAGCCGAAUGAGUGAUGAAGGCGAGCCUCAGGCUGAGGAGAAUACUCAAAAGCUAUCAUCGACCGAAAGACAGAAGUCAUGGGAUGAGAUGAUGGCCAAGGUCGACCAAACUGUGGAGGAGGACGCUGCCGGCUUGGAUAGUGUGCGGGAGGCCAUCGAGCAAGCUCUUGAGCAGAGUGGUUUACUGGCUGGGAAGCCCGAAACUGAGAGAGAAUCCUACCUCAACGAACUUGUCGAGGCUUUGACCGAAGAGUUGAAGGACAACAAGGAAGCAGCCAGUGAACUUGAAGACACAACUCAGAAGGAUUCAGCAGAAGAUGAUGCACUGGAUGCUAGCAGGUCUUCUUCCGAGACUGAGGAUGUACUACCUCCAUCCAUCGAUGCAUCUGAAGUCGACAGUUCCAAUAAUGACGUGGAUUCCAAUGAUGUGGAAUACGCUGGCAAAGAGACAGAGUCCGGCCUCGCUGAAACCGGCGAGACUACGGCAGAGGAUGAAGGGCAUAGUUCCAUGUUUAGUGACGAUGUUGAUGGAACUGACCCUCCAUCAAACAGCGACGAUUCCACAGAUGCUACUCUCAAGGAUCUCAUCAUCAAGUUUGCUCAAGGUGUUGACAAUAAUACGAGCAAUUUGGGGACCUUUGAGAGAGUUUUGUCGGAGUUGGUGCGAGAUCAAAAGGAGCCGAGUACCGAGGUCGAUGAAAGCGACACAACCAGCAUAGGCGUUUCUCCAGCAGAAUCCGUCAAGGCUUCUGAAGCAGACAAAUCCUCAUCGACAGAAGAAGCAAACUCCGCUCAAGAGAGUGUCGACAAACCAAACAAGGAGAUUAUUGGUUUGUAUGUCACAGUCCGCAACAUGGUCAACGGCGAGGUCGUGGAACGUAUUUCCAGCCCCGAAACCGAGAAAUCAACCAACUGGAAAGUGGAAUACACAGUCGUGGAGCUUCCAUCAGAUAGAGCGCAUAGAAUUUUGAGGGAACUCAAGAAGCGUAGGAAGAAGGCGCUAGUAUCAACCCCUGAGGAUCGCGAGAGAGAGUGGCACAGAAUGUGGGGAGGAACACUACCGCAACGCACAGAAGCUGGAAGGAAGUACAGAGACUCGGUCGUGCGGAGGGAGGAACGGACAGGUGUCAAGCUUGCAUGGGAAACUAACGCAAACAUUGAGACCAAGAAGAUGAAAGAGCCGCGUUCGCAUGAGAAGGGCUCGCAUAAGAAGGGCUUGCAUAAGAAGGAGGAGACAUCUGCGAUGAAGGACUAGAGCAGGCCAGCUGCAAAAGGAUGAAUGUCAUCGGUAUCUCGAAGCUUGACUGAAUGGGAGCGAAGGUGCUCCGUGUAUCACUAUCUAUGGCGCAGAUGUAUAACUCAUCAUCAUCAGUCUUGUAUAUUACAUUUGUCUGAUUUAAGGCAUGAAGGAGCUGUACGAAAGACAUGUAUAUAUGGAUAUGAAUACGAAAUAAUUACGCAACUAUGAAACACCUUGAGCCUCUGCCAAUCUUCUUGAUAGACGGACGUACAAACCGGGUCGAUUUAAAAUCAGAAGUAUAUUAGACUACUAACUUGAGACGAUGCUCAAACCGACUUGUU